AAAAAAAGUAGUUUCUUGAGAUGGAGCCUACUCCUGGUGAAAAUGCUGUGAGCGUUGCUGAAAUGACAAAGGAUUUAGAAUAUUACAUGAACUUACUUGAUAAAAUAGCAGCAGGGUUUGAGAGUAUUGACUCUAAUUUUGAAAGAAGUUCUACUGUGGGUAAAUGCAAUCAAACAGCACGGCCUGCCGUGGAGAAAUUUUUCACAAAAGGGAGUCAAUGCAGCAAACUUCAUUGUUGUCUUAUUUUAAGACAUUACCACAGCCACCUCAGUCUUCAGCAACCACUGAUAAAUCAGCAGCCAUCAGCAUCAAGGCCAGACCUUCCACUAUGACUUACUAAAGGCUCAGAUGAUUGCUAGCAUUUUUUAGCAAUAAAAUAUUUUAAUUAAGAUAUGUACAUUGAGUUUUUAGACAUAAUGCUAUUGCACACUUAAUAGACUACAGUAUCAUGUAAACAUAAAUGUACUGGGAAACUAAAAUAUUUCUGUGACUCCCUUUAUUGCAAUAUUCACCUUAUUGCAGUGGUCUGGAACUGAACCCACAAUAUCUCCAAGGUACGCCUGUUCUGGAAAGCUCUCCAGUUGCAUGUCUAGUAACAGCUCUAUACUUUGCCUAGUACCUCAUCUAUUGACUUGGAAUGAAAACAUUGCUCUGUUAAUGAAGAUUGUUGUGAGAAUUAACUGUAGGCGUAGGAGAGGAGGGAAAGCAUGUUUUUAGGUUAUAAGGCUGAAUGGAAAUUACAGAGAUGAGAAAUCGUACCUAAACUAAGCCAAAUAAGCUCUUGAAAAAAAAAUUUAUAUUUCCAGAAAAUUUUAAAAAUGUAAUGGCUCUGGAGCUCUGCCCUUCACAUUUUUUAAUUGAAUAAACUUAAGGGAAAAUAUAAAGCAAUAUUUCUCUGCCCAGAAGAAAAAUUUCUAAAGGAAAGUGGUCAUUUUAGCUAUUUGGAUAGUAGAUGUCAAAUGAAAGCUCCAUGUGUUAACAUUUAGAAAAUGCACAUUUCUCUUAAAUUGAUUUGCUGCUCUGCGGGAUUUUCUUUUGCUCUUGUAAUAUUCUAAAUAAGUAUGCUACCUCUGACUUAUUCAGCACAUAUUUCAGCAAUCAUAAAAAGGGAAUAGUGUACCACAUAGCUCAAAUUAAAUCGGUUUAAAUUUCUCAGGAGUUGAAAUUGUGGUGGCUUAAGUUAAUGGACUAAUCAAACCAUAGUUUUAGAUGAUGUUACUACAGUAUUCUAAUUACUGCAAUCUGAUUUUCCUUAGUAAUUGUGAAGGUCAAAACUCAAAGCCUGAUUCAAAAAGGAAAUUAAAGUUAAAAAUAAAAGACAAGGAAGACAUUUUUAUCCUCACAUACAUUAUGGUAGAUUAUUAAGCUGACCUUGUAAAGUUAAAGAUUUUGCUGUAAAUCACAUUGGAGUUGACUACAAGACAUGGAAACUGUAUAUUUGAAAUCCUUGAAACAGCGUAAUUUCAUUUAUGUGAUUUUUAAAUAAAGACGAUUCAUUGUUAAACAAAUAAAAAAUUAUAUCUACAAAUGUUUUGAUUUGUAUGCUUUUGUAAGGCUUUCAUAUGAGUAAAAGCAGAAGCAAGAAAAAAAAUCUUUUGCCAGACCACAUAUCCUGACUUGAGAAUUAAAAGUAUGAUCUUGGUAUGUACAAGACAAGCCUUAGCAAUAAAGAGAUAAAGAGGCUACUUAGGCCGUUUGUGGUCUUGGGGAAGGGUCUGUUCAUUUUCACAAAAUGUAUCUUUAAUCACCUUUCCAUGCCUAAAAUCCUAUUAAUAAGAAGGAAAGAUGUUCAGUCUUAAUGGAAAAUAGGAUUGAAAUCCAAAAAUUUCUAGGAUGUGUAAGACAAGACUAAUUUUUUAAAAUUUUUAUGAAAAAUUUAAAACAUACAGAAAAAUUGAAAGAUGUAUUUCUCUACCUGAAUUUAACAAUUGUUAACAUUUGCCAUAUUGAUUUUUGUGUGUGUAUGUAUGUGGAAAUUUGUGUGUUUGAAAAUAAGUUGAUGUCAUGACACUUCACUUCUAAAUACUUUAGCACAAAUAUUCUGAAACCAAUAGUAUACUCCUACCUAAUGACCAUAUUAUUUUUAUACUUAAGAGAAUGGAGUCAUAUAUUUUAUUCCCUAAUAUCUAAUAUACGUAUUCUAAUUUCUCCAUGUCCCCCCAAAAUUAUCUUAUUUACAGCUUUUUUUUUUUUCCAUAGCAGGAUUCAGUAAAGGUUCACAUAUUACUUUUGGUAAUGUAUUUUCAGUCUGUUAAACAUGCAGCUGUCUCUCUUUUUGAUGUGGGUUUUUUUUGUCUUCAUGGCACUGACAUUUUUGAAAACAGCAGCAGGCUAGAUGUCUUAGAGAAUGCCUCAUAUUCUAGAUGUACCUGGUUAUUUCUUCAUGGUGUCAUCUAACUCGUUUCUCCAUUUUCUCAGUUUCGUAUAAACUGGAAGUUAGGUCUACCUGGAGGCUUAAGUAGUUUCAGAUCAAACAUUUUUAGAAAGAAACCUUCAUAGGUAAUGCUAUGCAUAUUACUGUAUAGUGUAUCAAAAGACCCACCCAAAGAUGGGUGGGAAGACCUCUGUUUACACUGAAGUAUAAAUGAUUCCUAGCAUGUCCUUUUCUGGGCCCCAGAUUUUUAAUUGAAAGUAAUCAGGCCUCAAGAUUCUCAAAACAAGUGUUAACAGUGGAGGGUGUCCAGGUUCUUGACGUCUUGAACAAAGAAUUGGACAAAACGCACAAAGUAAGAAAGGAAGAAACAAAUGUAGAGAUUUAUUGAAAACAAAAGUUCACUCCACAGGGUGGGAGCCCGCGAUGACAGAAUUUUUUGGGAUUUAAAUACCCUCUAGAGGUUUCCCAUUGGUUACUUUGUGUACGCCCUAUGUAAAUAAAGUAGUGGUCUGUGAUCAGUCUGAUUGGUUGCAAGAAGGGGCCAAUCAGAGGAUGAGGCAAAGUUACAAAGUUACACCCUAUGCAAACUUCUGACUGGUUGUGGAAAGUGACCGAUCAGAGGCUAAAGUGAAGUUACAACGUUAUACUCCUAUGCAAAUGAAGACUUGGCCUGCGACCAGCCUGAUUGGUUGUGGGAGAGGACCAAUCAAAAGUACUUUCAGUUUUUCAUCUGCCACGCAGAAAAGUGGGGGUUGCAAAGGAAGUAGCCUCUGUUCCUUUUGUUACUUGGAAGUGGAAGAUUGGGGUUUUCCUUUUGAUUUAUUUCUAAGAAGUCAGUGUGAAUGGCCUAUGUUCCCUGCCUUCAGAGCCUAUUCUCCUACCUCACAAGGUUGGCAUAGAAAUUCUUCAUGGGCUCAGGGAAUGCGCCAGUUUAGUGUAAGCAGCAAGAUUCAACACUGAGUAAAGCCAGGAAGAUCAUUUGCCACGAAACUUAAUAUCCGCAAAGUAUAUGUUAUCAUAAAUUUAAGCAAACUUCUAUUCUGAUAAGGUUGGUCUUAUACAGGGACAAACAAACAUAAACAAGUAUAACAACUCUGACCUGGGAUCUGAGACCUAAGUUCUAGUCCUACCUCUGUCACCAGAUAACUGGGUCACACUAGCAGUCAUUAACCUCUCUGGUCUUUCAUUGAUUCAUACAUGGGGUAGAGGCAUUGUCCCUUACAUUUUGUAAAUAUUACACAAGCACCAAUAUGAUUGAAUAUCCUUGUAUAUUUCUUAUUAGGACAAAGAACAGCACUUGGAUUUUAUUUCUUGCAUUUUUUGUGGGGGAAGCAUCAGUCAUUGCCAAAUUGAAGCAUUUCUCGUUAUCCAACUAUUUAGGUAAUUAUUGUCAUGAGGGUAAAAUGUGCUGUCUGAAUAGGGUUCUUUGGCCUGUGAUUUGAUAGAUUCCUUCCUGCCUGUCAGGAAAGAAUCAGGCAUCAAUGGGAAAGAUAUGUCGAAUGAGAGGGUUGGGUUGCAGUUUUAUUCCCUUCUGAAUUGUAUGUAAACUUUUGUGGUUGGGAAAAUCGGAGUCAACUUUUCCAAUUGCAAAUGAGGAGAAUAGGCUAGAGAGCUGAGUGGUAGAAUCUGGGGCUAGGGCCCUGCUUUCUAUCCCACUAAUUGGAAGAGUCGUGGACAUGUGCCCUGACCAUUCCAACCACAGAAGGACUGAGGACAGUGGGUUCAGUGAGGCUUCCCUUAGAGUCCUGCCUGAGCCCUGACCACAGAGAGCAGCAAAACUCCACUAUCCCCUCCUGUCACCCUCUCCUGCCCAUACGCUAAAGUCCUCUAGAAAAACCCUGGCCUGUGUGUGCAAUGAAGAUAGGCAGAAAGGGUGGAGAAGAGCUGCCUUGUCUCCAAGACUUUUAUACUAAACACUACAUUUCUGAGUAAAAGUGAGGGGUGUGGGUCGGGCACAGUGGCUCACGCCUGUAAUCUGAGCACUUUGGGAAGCCGAGGCGAGUGGAUCACCUGAGGUCAGGAGUUCGAGACCAGCCUGGCCAACAUGGUGAAACCCCAUCUCUACUCAAAAUACAAAAAUUAGCUGGGCAUGGUGGUGGCUGUCUAUAAUCCCAGCUAUUCGGGAGGCUGAGGCAGGAGAAUCGCUUGAACCCAGGAGGUGGAGGUUGCAGUGAACUGAAAUCGCGCCAUUGCACUCCAGCCUGGGCCACAAGAGGGAAACUCCAUCUCAAAAAAAAAAAAAAAAAGUGAGGGGUGUGAGGAAUAGGCCAGUGGGAGGAGAUGGAGUUAAGGGAUGCAAAUAAAUAAAUAAACAGGACUAGAGAAAUGGAUGAAAGCAAUGGAAAGUGUUGGAAAGAUUUCCCCUUUGCCUUUAGGGUUCAGUGGGCGGCGGGAGGGGCUGUGAAUUAACUAAAAACACAGAUUAAUGGGAGAAAAAUUUUAACUCACACGCAUGUGGGAACAUUCAAAUGAAAAGGCUGGCUGAACAGCUAGGGAUAAGGGUUUAUAUACCUGCUUAAGAGGGGGAAAGAGGGAGAGAGAGGACUUCUAUGGGAAAUAAAUGAGCUUUUAGGAGAGACAGAUGGCUUUAAGGAAACAAAUGGAAGGUAGGACAGUUUGUGAUAAUGUUUGUUUAUGCAGUUUCGUAUCCCAGUGCUAAUAGUCUCCUUCCUUGCUGGAAAUUCCCCCAGAGACAGAGGGGACUUAUGGCAGCUUCCUUCUUGGAAGGCUGUGCCUUUCCUCAGAUAAGAGAAGCUCAGAAAAGGCUUCUUGCUUCAUCUGUUGUAUCUCAAAUGUCUUCAGUUUAAUCUUUAUACCAUUUUGGUGAGUUGCAAGUCCCUACAAAAGUCAAGAAUGUGAAGCCCCCGGGAGGUUGAAAGGAAAACAGGACCAAAGUGCACAGGCAUCUCUGAGUCGUGGCCUCCUUUUCUGAGCCCCCGGUCAUUGGACAUCAGCUGUGUACCUCACUGGGUUAACAGAAGAGACUGGUUGAUUUAUGCUUUCUGACAUUUCUUUUUUGAAUUAUUAAGGGAUUUAGGAAACUGUUGUGUUAAAUUUAUUUCAUUUGAUUUCUCUAGGUGAAUAAUCAGGCCUUAUCCUUCAUGGUUGAAUAGGGUAGGGUGGGAAGAUGAGGAGAUGGGGACAGAAAUGCAGUUGGGAGUCUGGCCCACUUCAUCAAAAGGCAGAGACAAGCAAUUAAGCUAAGAAGUAUUUAAAAAGCAUCCAAGCCUCUGAAACUCAGGUUCUAGAAUCCAAGUUUUCUGGCCUGUAGGGUAUUGUGCAAAGUCCACAUGAUUAGCUAGGCGUUUGCUUGAUGGAUGUGGGAGGAUUGGAUUAGAACAUAUGAAAAGCUUGGUAGGUUGUUUCUGAGUAUAAUUUACUUAAUUGUUUCUGGCCUGGUAAGUAUACCCAGAGGCUUGAUAUUGAUGUCUGUGAUUCAACAAAAACAAAAAACAAUAAGGUCUUUAUGGACUUGUGGUUUAAUGGCUUUAAAUAAAUUAGCUUCUUUUGGAUCAAUUCAGCACACUGAUGAUCUUUGCACGCUAUUAAUUUUUUUAAAUACUUCUCCCCUAAGUUACAACUUUAAUAUAUAACUUUGGAGGAAUCGCUUUGUAUCCAUCAAGCAACUUCGUUCAAAAAGCAUACACAUGCCCAUAAAAAAGCAUCUGCAGGAGAAAACUGGGCCCUAGCCCUAGAUUCGAGUUUGGGUUUUUGAUUCUCAUGCCAAUUUUUCAUUGAAACAGUCUUUAUGAAAAAUAUUAAGAGUAUUUGGUGCAAGGUAAAGAAUAUGCUCUAUGGGUCAGCAGUCAGCACUGUAUCAGUUUGUGUAAUUGCUGUGGACUAAAAAAUAUGUCCCCCCAAAAUUAAUAUGUUGACACCCUAACCCCGAUGUGACUGUAUUUGGAUAUAGCGUUUUUGGGAGGUAAUGAAGGCUAAAGAGGUUGUAAGUGUGGGUUUCUAAUCUGAUAGGACUGAUGGCCUUGAGAGAUGUGGAAGCCUUCUCUCUCCACACGCAUACACACACGGAAGAAAGGUCAUGUGGGCACACAGAGAGGGUGGCCUCGGCAAGCCAGGAAGAGAGCCCUCACCAGGAACCCAGUCCUCCAAAGCCUUGAUCUUGGACUUCCCAGCUUCCAAAAUGUGAAAAAAUAAAUUUCUGUUGUUUAAGUCACCCAGUCUACGGUAUUUUGUUAUGGCAGCCCGAGAAGACUGAUACGGUAAUCUCAAGCAAGUUACUUAUUAGUGUCUCCGGAGCAUUAGCGUAAAAUUUGUGGUCAGGCAAAAUAAAUGCUAAAUUCUCUUCCAGCUCUUAGCUAUAGUAUGAUUCUAACUGAAAUUGUCUUGGCUCAAGAAGACCGCCAAACAUUAUUUAUUUAUUUUUUAUUUUAAAAACAAAUCUGAGGGUAUUUUUUUUUUUUUUUUGACAGGGUCUCACUGGGUUACCCAGGCUGGAGUGCAUGGCGUGAUCACAGCUCACUGUAGCUUCUCCCUCCCAGGCUCAAGCGAUUCUCCUGCCUUAGCCAUUCAAGUCAAGUAGCUAGGACCACAAGUGUGUACCACCACACCUGUCUAAUUUUUUAUUUUUAUUUUUUUUUAAGACAGAGUCUCUGUUCCCCAGGCUGGAAUGCAGUGGCAUGAUCUCAGCUCACUGCAACCUCUGCCUCCCGGGUUCAAGCGAUUCUUUUGCCUCAGCCUCAUGAGUAGCUGAGAUUACAGGUGCCACGCCACCACACCUGCCUAAUUUUUGUAUUUUUAGUAGAGAUGGGGUUUCACCAUGUUGGCCAGGUUGGUCUUGAACUCCUGACCUCACGUGAUCCACCUGCCUUGGCCUCCCAAAGUUCUGGGAUUACAGGCCUGAGCCACCUCCCCCGGCCUAAUUUGUUUUUUUUUUUUUUUUUUGUAGAGACAGAGUUUCCCUAUUGUUGCCCAGGCUGGCCUCAAACUGCUUGGCUCAAACGAUCCUCUGGUCUCGGCCUCCCAAAAUGUUAGGAUUAUAGGUGUGAGUCACCGUGCUUGGUCUGAGUUUCAAAUUUUUAGAAAAGUUAUAAAAUGAUACAGAAGAAUUCCAUAUACCUUUUACUCAGAUACACCAAAUUUUAAUAUUUGUUUCUAUUUUUUUAUAUUAUCUUCAUAUACACACAUGCAUGUGUGUAUAUGUUUACAUAUAUAAUAAUAUGUAUGCAUACUAUUAUUUAUUUUCAGAAUCUAUUUGAGAGUGGAUUGUCUCUCAUCCCUUAAUAGUUCAGUAUGUACUUCCUGAAACAAGGAUAUUUCUUACCUAACUAUGGUUGCCAACUUCAGGAAAUUUAGCAUUGAUAAAACACACUCAUUUAAUCUGCAGCUCAUGUUCCAAUUUCAUUAGUUGUCCCAAUAGCACCCUUUAAAGCAUUUUCUCCUCCAGAAUAGGAACCAGUCUGGGAUUACACAUUGCACUGAGUUGUGUUUCUUUCACCUCCUUGCAUAUGGAACAGUUCCUCAGCUUUUCUUUGCUUUCGUGACCUUAACAGUUUUGAAUAAUACAGGCCAUUUAUUUACUAGGAUGACCUUUACUUGGGGUUUGUAUAAUGCUGCUCCAUGAUUAAAGUUAGGUUCUGCUUCCCUGCCUGGAGCACUGUGUGUGUUGUGCCUUUUACAGGGCAUCACAAUAGAAGGCAUGUGAUGACCGAAUGUCCUACAUUGGUGAUGCUAAUUUUGAUGACCAGAUCAUGGCAUUGUCCGUUUUCUCCACUGUGCAGUUUAAGCAAUCUGUGGAGAAAUACUUUGAGGCCAUGCAAUGAUCCUGCUCCUCGUUUAACUGUCCCCCCUUAGAUUUAACAUCCAUUGAUGAUUCUUGACUGAAUCAAUCUUUACUAUGAUGUUUGGAAAAUGGUGAUAUCCCGUGCUACCACUACCUCCAAAUUUGUCAGUCUGCACAAUUCAUUCGGCUAUAAGAAUCCUCAAUUCCUCCCCUGCAUCCACCACACAAUUAUUGUACUAAAGGACUUUUAUUUUAUUCAAAGGGUAAAUAAUCCAUUAAUAUUCUUAUUUAUUUUGAUGCUCAGAUUGUCCCAGUUUUGGCCAGUAGGAGCCCCUUCAAACUGGUUCCUAGGUCCUUUUGACAUACCCCCAUCAUUUUAAAAAUACUUUAAAGAAAUAUUGAUUAAAAUCAGAGGCCCCCAAAAAUGUGUGUGUGUGUGUGCGUGUGUGUGUGUGUGUGUAUGCAUGUGCACUGUGGAAUCCCAAGGAGCAAACUGAAGGAGAGAUUAAUUAACAGCCAUUUAAAUUUUUAUCAGAAGUGGGGCACAGUUGUGUGUGUCUGUAAUCCCAGCUACCUGGGAAGAUCCCUUGAGCCCAGGAGUUCGAGACCAGCCUGGGCAAUAAAUGGAGCAAGACUCCCAUCUCAAAACAAACAAAAAAACCCACAAAAAUUUAUUAGCUGUUAUAACUAUAUGCAACAUACUCUCUUUAGUUUUAUUAUCCUCAGAUCUGCUAGUUAGUUCUCGUAAUUAGCUGGUUUUUUUAAUCAUAGGUAAUUAGACUGGAGUUGGCCAAAAUCCGCGAGCUCAUUUGGAAAACAGGGCUGCAGCUUACACAGUUUCUUUUCAACACGGAGUCUUCUUCAACAUCUUUAUCCUCAUUUUGAAUGCCAACUUCUUUAUCACCUGUCUCUUCUUACUAUGAUGUGUGUGCACAGAUUUUCAUUUCACUUUACUUAGCCUGUGGUGCUUGGUCUCCUUGGAUGUUCUGACAGUUCUUCUUUGCGCUGCAAUCUUGCUGAGUAAAGCAAGGUUUUCCCCAAACUCAUAAUAAUUGUUUUUCGCUUUCUCUGUUCACAGACAGCUCUUACUGUCUCAGUAAUUUUUUCCAAUGCCCCCAGGCCAAAAGAAAUGCCGAACAAUUCCUUUUAUUAAGUACUCAGGUCCAAAUAACUUAAUAAGGAUUUAUGUCCAACAACUUCGUAGCCACUUGAAAAAAAUUAUACAUAUAAAUUGAAAGAAAAGUUACAUUUUUAUUUCAUUCUUUUUUUUUUUUUUCAAAGGCAGCCUCCCAAGCCAGAGUAGGCUCAGAGACUCCCUAAUUUCAUUCUCACCACAGUUAACUUACUGGUGGGAUGUGUGUAUCCUGGACAGUGUACAAUUUCUCAAGCUUGGAAACAGAUUGGACAUCUCAACCCUAAUUUCAUAUUCCCCAUGGAUUCAUGGGUACUUUUUAUCAUGCUGAAAGAGAUGACAUCACUGAUAGAAAUGUAAUCUCUUGCCGAAACAAUGAACUACUGGGUAGUUUGCAUAGCAUCCCACAGAUGCCAAGCAUCCCUGUGUUUCUCUCAAAAAUGUAAAAUAUUCUUCAGUGCCCCAGGUGGCUGCAGUUUCGGGACCGUGGCACUAAGUCCCAGAAACUUUCGGUCUCCUUUGUAAAACAGCAACAAUAAAUAUUGGGUUGAUGUUGAAGAUCUUUUCACUAACAGGAAAACCUAGGGAGAAACCCGGAGAGCAUCAAGCUGAGGCUUUCACAAAGUUAAUAAAGUAGGUGAUCACAUUGUUUAUUUAUCUUCUAGUCAUUCCAAAACACUUCUGUUUUUUGUUGUUGUUGUUUUGUUUUGAGACAGAAAGUCUUGCUCGGUCACCCAGGCUGGAGUGCAGUGGCACAAUCUCCGCUCACUGCAACCUCCGCCUCCCAGGUUCAAUUGAUUCUCCUGCCUCAGCCUCCCGAGUAGCUGGGAUUACAGGUGCACGCCACCAUGCCCGGCUAAUUUUUGUAUUUUUAGUAGAGAUGGAAUUUCACCAUGUUAACCAGGCUGGUCUUGAACUCCUAACGUCAAGUGAUCCACCUGCCUUGGCCUCCCAAAGUGCUGGGAUUACAGGCAUGAGCCACCGCGUCCAGCCUUACUUUUAACUGUUUAACAGUGAAGAGGCUACUACCAUGGAGAGUUCCGGGACAAUAUAUAUAAACAAGGACUUUCCUGGAUACCCAGCUUAUCCAUGACAUCUCUCACAACACUUACUUUCUAAAAUCAACUUUUACUAAACAAAUGGUCACUAUGACAAUGUAGUGUCUAUUAUCUCACAAUUUGCCAAGGGAUCUCAUCGCAUUAAAUCACAAAGCAAUGUUUCUUGGUUGCACUCUUCCUUCUCCUCUCUCUCUUAUCCUGUUCCUCCAUUUUCCAUUAGAUCCUGCUUGGACCUUUGCUACCUAUCCCCACCCCCAGCCUAAAUCCCAUCAAAACUUACCUGCCACUUUCCUAGUUACCUAGGAUUUCAUUUCCCAGGUGACAAUGCACGAAGCAGCUGGUUUGCAGGUGUGACUACGAGACCAAGAAAGAUAGACACUAACACCAUGUCCCAGCCCAUACGUGUGUUAUCCCAUCACUCUCUAACAUAUAUUUUGAGACUUCCCAGAUUUGAUUUUUAACCUAAAGACACAACUUUUGUAAAAUUUAAGAAGCUGAGCUAUCUCAUGAUUGAAUCCAGUAAGGAACAGCCAGCCAGCAGCCCAAGAGUUGUUGAAAAUAAUUCGUCUUGCCUGCAGUGUUUUGAGGAGAAUGGGAAAGGUAGCUACAUUCAUAACAUACAUGAAAGCCUGUUAAAGGCCUCUUUCCCCAUCUCUUUUUAGAUGUACGAUCCUCACAGGCCGCCUGCCCAAAAUUUCUCCCUCUUCCACUCCAAGCUCCCCAAACCCUUCUCUGAACUCUGUCCAGCCCCAAGCUCUCUUUGGUCUCUCUCUCAUCCUUAGCUGCUGACUUCUGUUAAAUCUCAAGCUCUUUGGUUUUUUUGGAUUUAAAAGGCAGCUAUGCUAACCACUAUACCAUCAAAGCCUCUGCUCUUUUUUGGAUUUGGCACAAUAAAGGAACCCAGAAAGAAACUCUCUUUCUUAUAAGGGAGGAGGCUUGGCGGAGAAAAUAGAGAUUGCAAAAAUUUCUAAUUUUGUAUUUUUUUCUCUUUCGCAUUUGAAGUCAGCCAUCCAUCCAUCCAUCCAUCCAUCCAUCCAAAUUGGCUGUGAAGCUUCCACUUAAAUGCAAAGCUCUAAAGAGCAGGGUAAGAUCCCUGCCUUGAGAGAUUACAAUUUAAUUGGAGACAAAAAUUAAAAAAUGGAAAAAGUAAGACGUUUGGGAAGUAAAGAAUGAGCCUGGCACGUAGUGGGUGCUUCGGAAACAUUUGUUGACUCGUGUGGGAAAUAGCAUUGACUGAAUAAUCAUCGUUAGUGAGCUCACCCAGCAUUUAUUUGCCAGUCAGGCUCCAUGGAAAGAGGUGAUGAUUAAGGUGAACAUUUCCCGGGCCCGGAGCCGGAGAGGCUGCAAACUCCUCUCCAGAGGCCAGUCUGACGAUUCCUGCCCCGUACACUCCUUCAUCCAAUCGUAUUGGGCCUACACGGCUCCUCACCUGGGGCCUGGAACUUUUCGGGGAGCAAGGUGACGAACGUGGAUAGUCACAGGCAGGGGCAGAUCGACGGGAAGGGGCUACCAGGCCUGGGCAGGAGCUCCCCGAGGCGACCCCGCUGCUUCGGAUCUCGCGGGGACCGGCCCUGGGAGGACGGAACCAGCAUCCCGAGGAGCCGCCAUCGGGGGCCUGGACCCAGCUCCUGGGCCGUGCGGGCUGCGCGCGCCGAGAGCAAUCUAAGAAAGUAAGGCGCGUGUGCAGCGCCCAGUGGCAGCGUAGAAGGAGUGAGGUGGAAGAAUUCCGACGACACCGUUUAACAGGACAAGGAAGAAAUGCUGUACAUGAUCACCAGGAAAAGACAAGCAAGCCAGUUGGACGCAAAGCGCUCAGUGAUAGUUUACUCAGAAGACAACCAACAACAUGCCGAAAUAGCUCAGUUGGGAGAGCGUUAGACUGAAGAUCUAAAGGUCCCUGGUUCGAUCCCGGGUUUCGGCAGCUACUUUUAAAUUCUGACCUCAAAAACUCAAAUUUUUUAAGACUCUCCGUCCACGAUACCCUGGCCCAUUCCUUCAAGCCCAAGCAAAAACUGAGAUUUGAAGAGUGAAGGAGGAAAUGAAACAGUCGUUGCCAACCACCCCCAGGAGCGAGGCCGCGCCGCAUAGGCCUUCGGGCCGUCUCCUGGCGGGGCUAGAAGAAGCUGCCGCGCGUGCGCGCCACGGAGCCUGGUGCUGGGACCCAGAGGCACCCUCGGCGCCGGAAGACGCGAACGACCCGGGCCGCGGUGGCGAGACGGGGCCGCGCGCCGCCUGGGGGGCUGGUGUGAGACCCGAGGCUCCAAUGGGAGGAGGUCUGGUCUGUCCACGGGGCCAGCAAAACACCUUCAUCCCAAUUUCAUCGCAUUCCUUCUAAGUAUCCGAAUUUGAAGAAAAAGCAAAACUGUUGAGUGGUCAGAUGGCCCCCACCUGGCGUUGCCGAGCUGGUCCCAGAACAAAACAUCUGCUUAAAGAUAGACUCAGUGUUAGAAAAGUAAAAAUCGGAGACCUUCGAUUGAGCCCCAGGCAAAUGGAAAGGUGGGGAAUUGAACGCAUGAAGCAGGAGGCAGUAUGUGAUGAGAAUUAAGAAAAGAAAAUUGCCAUUCCAUCCUCAGUGGCCUUGUGUGAAGGGAAUGGGCAUUUAAAGAUGGAACGGGCCAGGUGCGGUGGCCCUGUAAUCCCUUACACCUGUAAUCCCAGCACUUUGGGAGGCCGAGGCGGGCGGAUCACUUGAGGUCAGGACUUUGAGACCAGCUUGGCCAACAUGGUGAAACCUUGACUCAACUAAAAAAAUACAAAAAUUAGCUGGUCAUGGUGGUGUGCACCUGUAGUCCCAGCUACUUGGGAGGCUGAAGUGGGAGAAUUGCUUGAAUCCAGGAGGUGGAGGCUACAAUGAGCCAAUAUUGCACCACUGCACUCCAGCCUGGGCAACAGAGUGAGACCCUGUCUCAAAAAAAGAGAUGGAAUGCCUGAGAAUUCUUGGUAAGGGUGGAGACAUGUUAAUGUUUGAAGUGCUUGUAUAGUAACACAGACUUUUAAAUGAUGUGCCCUGGUAAAGGGGAAGCAUAUAUGCUGCUAGUCUGUUUCAUGUCAGUUUCAUGAUUACCUGGAGGGAAAUUUGAUAGGCAAAUGGACUCCAUAAAAUUACCUAGAAAAUGGGUAUUGAGGUACUAUAUAAAUUUACCUGUAUGAAGGCAAAUGAUGGGACUGAUGUUUUCCUAAAAUCCAUGGUCCUGCCUCUGGAGUCCCUUCCAGCUGCAAUGACCCAUGUGUAGCCAGCACAGAGCCCCUUCCCUCCAUGUUUGUGUGGUUCUCUUUGAAUUAAAAACAUUUUUUAUGGACACAUAAUAGUCAGACGUAUUUAUGGGGUACAUGUGAUGUUUUGAUACAAGCAUACAAAGUGUAAUGAUCAAAUUAGGGUAGUUGGGAUAUCCAUCACCUCAAACAUGUAUCAUUUCUUUUUGUUGGGAACGUUCCAAAUCCACUCCUCGAAUUACUUCAAAAUAUAUUAGGUUGGUGCAGAAGUAAUUGCAGUUUUUAAAGUUGCAAAAACCACAGUUACUUUUGCACCAACCUAUACAAUAAAUUAUUGUUAACUAUAGUCACUUUAUUAUGCUACCAACACUAGAUCUUUUUUUUUUUCUUUUUUUUUGAGACAGGGUUUUGCUCCUGUCACCCAGGCUGGAGUGCAAUGGCAUGAUCUCAGCUCACUGCAACCUCUGCCUCUUGGGUUCAAGUGAUUCUCCUGCCUCAGUCUCCCGAGUAACUGGGAUUACAAGUGCCCACUACCACGUCCAGCUAAUUUUUGUAUUUUUAGUAGAGAUGUGGUUUCAGCAUGUUGGCCAGGCUGGUCUUGAACUCCUGACUUCAGGUGAUCCACCUGCCGCGGCCUCCCAAAGUGCUGAAAUUACAGGCGUGAGCCACUGUGUCCAGCCUGAACACUAGAUCUUAUUCCUACUAUCUAACUGUAUUUUUGUGCCCAUUAGACAACACCUCUUUAUCUUCACCUCCCCGCUACUCUUCUGAGCCUUUGGAAACCAUCAGUCUACUCUCUAUCUCCAUAACAUCAAUUUUUUAGCUCCCACAUAUGAGUGCAAACAUGGGUUGCUUGUCUUUCUGUGCCUGUGAUAUUUCACUUAACAUAAUGUCCUGCAGUUCCACCCACAUUGUUGCAAAUGACAGGAUCUCAUCCUUUUUUAUGGCUGAAUAGUGUAGCUGUCGCCUUGGGAAUGACUAGCACACAUCAGAGAGGCACCUUCUUUCAGCCAGCAUCACAAGUGACACAAAAGCACAGACGUGAAUCAGGAGAAAUGAAGAAACCAGCCCUUCGUGUCUUUAAAUACAUGGAUGAGGAAUCUGAGGCUGAGAGAGAAUAACCACUUGUCCAGGGUCAUAGAACUGAUAUUUUGAAAGUGCUUCCUAUGUGCCAGACACUGUAUUUGUGCAAGGUUGAUGGGAUUGCAGCUUCGUUUAAGCCUUUUCCUUUAAGUAUUUAAGGCUUUUCUUCUAAGACCAGGUGAGUACAGGAAAGCUCAGGGGCUCUGCCAUUCUAGGAGAAAGGCAGUGAACUAUACAGGUGCCUCCAUUGUGGACAAGCAGACUGGUGGUUAAUGGCCAUGACAUCCUUUGGAAACACUGAUGAUGCUCAGAGUCUCUAAGUUCUCUCACAGAGCCCUCCAAGGUUCUACCUGUGCUAAAGUCUCAAGGGCAGGGUCAUGAAUCCAUUUGAGAAGCUAACAAAAUCUAUGAAUCUUCUUAACAGAAAAAGACCCAUGCUACAUUUUCUUCACAAUUUCAGGAUGUUCAAAGAUCCCCCUGAAGUUCCUCUUGUGGCCACCCCCCCACCGCCCCCCAGCAGAGUGCCAGAGUGAGAUGCUUUUGUUUGAGUGACAUGUCUCAAGUCCUGCCAUGGACCUUGACAUUCGGUCAUUUUCAUCAAUGAAUUGGGUUAUGAAGACAAUAAAGACGGGUCAACCAAAUGUGUAGUUAGGACAAAGGCAGGAAUGAGAGAAAUCCCAUUGCUUAUCACACCCAUUUAAUAUGACAACAUUGGACAGAGGCAAAAUAAACCCUUUCAUUUACACCCUGUUAGGAGCUGAACUGCAUCCUCCCCAAAAUUCCUACAUUCAAGUCCCAACUUGCAGCACCCAAGAAUAUAACUGUAUUUGGCAAUAGGGCCUUUACAGAGGAGAUUAAGUUCAAAAUGAAGUCGUCAGGAUGGGCCUCAAUCUGACCGGUGUUCGUAUAAAAAAAGGAAAUUUAGACACACGAGAAGGCACCAGAAGUGCAUGUGCAGAGAGGAAAGACCAUGGCAUGGGGCAGCAAUAGGGAAGCUCUCUGCAAGCCGAGGACAGAGGCCUUGACAGACGAAUCCAACCCUGCCCAUGCCUUGAUCAUGAACUUCCAGCCUCUGGAACUGUGGGAAAGUACAUUUCUGUUGUUUAAGCCAUCUCUACUCUAUGGCAUUUUGUUAUGGAAGCCAAAACAAACUAAUACAGACCUCAAAAGGCAAUUCCAUAGGAAUAGAAGAGCAGAUGGGGAUAUGAGAGGCAUCUGACUUUAAGGCAGCCUUGUGAAAGCUAUAUGAAAAUGACAUAAGGCUUUAAGUUGAUUUCAAAUGCAGUAAAAAUAAAAUACUUCUUGACUCUCCCUAAAGGGGCCAUCCUCACAGAACCCCUGUCUUUGAGAGCAGCUGUCUUGCCCGCGGACUUGCUUUUUGCCAAUGGGGUGGGAGCAGACGUGAGUAAGGUGGACCUCUUCCAAGUAGUGGCCCAUCACUGACCUCUACUUUGACGCAAAAUUAGCAGAAUGAAAGGAAUGAAAAGAUGCUGUUUCCCCCUGAGUCCUGGAGUGAACACAGUGUACAGCACAGUCACAGCUGACAUGUGGUGGAUGUGCAGCUGCAUAAGAAAUAAACAUUUCUUUUAUAAGCCAAAUAACAUUUUGAGGUCUUAACUGCAGCGUGAGUUAGCCUGAGUGGAUGUAGACAAAAUUGAUGAGGUGAUGUGACUGUCUAGCAAAGCUUACAAGGUAAUUCUUUUUCGGUUAUCUUUGCUUAGAUCAUAGCAGGAACAUUGAAUUAAGUUAUGGGAAACCUGCAUUCAGAGGUCAAAUCGUGAACUGUGUUGUCCGUAAAAAAGACCAUGCUGAUGGGGAGAUUUAAAACUAAGUCAUAUGGGCCGGGCACGGUGGCUCACACCUGUAAACUCCCAGCACUUUGGGAGGCCGAGGUGGGAGGAUCACCUGAGGUCAGGAGUUUGAGACCGGCCUGGCCAACAUGGUGAAACCUCGUCUCUACUGAAAAUACAAAAAUUAGCCAGAUGUGGUGGUGGGUGCCUGUAGUCCCAGGUACUCGAGAGGCAGAGGUAGGAGAAUUGCUUAAACUGGGAGGUGGAGAUUGCAGUGAGCCAAGAUUGCACCACUGCAUUCCAGCCUGGGUUACACAGUGAGACUCUGUCUCAAAAACAAAAAACAAACUAAGUCAUAUGAAAGAAAAUGGAAAGGAAUGGAGAAUAUUUAGUCUGAAAAAAAAAAAGAAGGGAGAAACGCCUGUGGGAAAUGGACUGUACCCGGUCUAUGGAGCCCGACUGGGUUACCAAAGGCUUUUGAUGAAAUAAUUGGGGAAGGAAAUUUUUAUUUAACAUUUAUGUUUAAAUUUACAUUUAAAUUAUACUUACUGUUAAAACCUUUUUUUUGUUUAUUUAUUUGAGACAGGGUCUCACUCCUUUCUGCAGGCUGGAGUGCAGUGGUGCAAUCACGGCUCACUUGUAGCCUCAACCUCCUGGACUCAAGAAAUCCUCCUGCCUCAGCCUCCCUACUAGAUGGGACUACAGGUGCAUGUCACCAUGCCCAGCUAAUUUUUGUAUAUUUAGUAGAGAUGGGGUUUCACCAUGUUGCCCAGGCUGAUCUCAGACUCCUGGGCUCACGUGAUCUGCCUGCCUUGGCCUCCCAAAUGUUGGGAUUAGAAUUGCCAUUUAAUUAGUCACAACAACUUAACAUCAAGGGGUGGCACAGAGGUACAGGGGGUGGGAAUACCUAUAUAAUUGUUUCACCUUAGGAAUUUGCUUUGAAACAUAACAAUAUGUGUCUUUACAUUCAAGUAUAUUCUUAGAAACUAGCUGAAGCCGUUUCCCAUCCUUAUGGCACUAAGUCCUGUUUCCACUGUGAAACAGUUACCAAGACAGUCCUGUUUCCACUGUGAAAAAAUAAAUGGAUGUUCUGACAGGUGGCCACCAUUGCUGACCUGACCAUUCUCCAGAAGCACCAGGAGGCAUUGCUUUCUAGACUGAAGCUCAGUCAUGCUUCACUUUAGUCUAAUCAAAAAGAUUUGCUUGCAAGCCUUCAUUCCAAAUGGUUCCAGUGCCUUCCAUACAAUCAGAUAAUGACAAUUGUGAGUUUCUGGUGGCAUGCUACUUCAUGUAAUUAAAAAAAAAUUGCUGCGUAGAUGUGCUGAAUAGGAGAAGAGUAAGUUAUUAUUUGGAGGGAAGAGGAUUCCCAAUUGUGGAACAAAGCAAUUCCUUGUACCCUGGUUCUAAAUAAAUGUUUCUUUAUUUUUGAAGUUGCAUGACCCCCUGUUGUGGUCUUUUUUGCACACAUGUCAGAAAGCAGCCAUGAGUGCAUUGUAGUUGGCAAUGUGAGCUUCUCUGUAAAGGGUCUUUGACGAAGAGCUCACUGCAUCUACUGACUCCCCAGGAUGUCUGAGGUCACAAGUUUGGCUGGAGCACAUGAGCCCAGAUAAAGAAGAUGGUUUUGCCCUCCUGAAAUAAAGCCAGAAGUGAUCUCCUUUAUUGUGCACUUUGGGUCAUGUGCUAAUGAUGAGGGUUUCUGUAAUACUAAUCCCCCUAAUGAAGGCUUCUCCCAGCCCUUACACAAGCCCACAAGGCCCCGUGGCUUGGCAAGCCAGAGAGAAUAAAAGCAGCACGGUGUUUGGCUUUUGAACUGAGUUCAAGGCAAUUAAAGUCAAGAGCUAAGGAGGGAGGGAGAGGGUUUAGAAAUACCAGCAUAAUAAGUAGUAUGACUGGGUGCUCUGUAAAUUAACUCAAUUAGACAAAGCCUGACUUAACGGGGGAAGAUGGUGAGAAGCGCUACCCUCAUUAAAUUUGGUUGUUAGAGGCGCUUCUAAGGAAAUUAAAUCUGUUAGUUGUUUGAAUCACAUAAAAUUGUGUGUGCACGUUCAUGUACACAUGUGCACACGUGUAACCUCUGUGAUUCUCGUGGGUAUUUUUUUAAGAAGAGAGGAAUAGAAAGCAAAGAAAAAUAAAAAGUACUGAAAAGAAAAAAGACUGAAAGAGUAGAAGAUAAGGAGAAAAGUACGAUAGAGACAAGGAAAGUAAGAGAGAGAGAGAGAGCUCUCCCAAUUAUAAAGCCAUGAGCCCCCUUUGGUGGGGGUUUCUGCUCAGUUGCUUGGGCUGCAAAAUCCUGCCAGGAGCCCAGGCUCAGUUCCCCCGAGUCUGCAUGACGGUGGACAGCCUAGUGAACAAGGAGUGCUGCCCACGCCUGGGUGCAGAGUCGGCCAAUGUCUGUGGCUCUCAGCAAGGCCGGGGUCAGUGCACAGAGGUGCGAGCCGACACAAGGCCCUGGAGUGGUCCCUACAUCCUACGAAACCAGGAUGACCGUGAGCUGUGGCCAAGAAAAUUCUUCCACCGGACCUGCAAGUGCACAGGAAACUUUGCCGGCUAUAAUUGUGGAGACUGCAAGUUUGGCUGGACCGGUCCCAACUGCGAGCGGAAGAAACCACCAGUGAUUCGGCAGAACAUCCAUUCCUUGAGUCCUCAGGAAAGAGAGCAGUUCUUGGGCGCCUUAGAUCUAGCGAAGAAGAGCGUACACCCCGACUACGUGAUCACCACACAACACUGGCUGGGCCUGCUUGGGCCCAAUGGAACCCAGCCGCAGUUUGCCAACUGCAGUGUUUAUGAUUUUUUUGUGUGGCUCCAUUAUUAUUCUGUUAGAGAUACAUUAUUAGGACCAGGACGCCCCUACAGGGCCAUAGAUUUCUCACAUCAAGGACCUGCAUUUGUUACCUGGCACCGGUACCAUUUGUUGUGUCUGGAAAGAGAUCUCCAGCGACUCAUUGGCAAUGAGUCUUUUGCUUUGCCCUACUGGAACUUUGCCACUGGGAGGAACGAGUGUGAUGUGUGUACAGACCAGCUGUUUGGGGCAGCGAGACCAGACGAUCCGACUCUGAUUAGUCGGAACUCAAGAUUCUCCAGCUGGGAAACUGUCUGUGAUAGCUUGGAUGACUAUAACCACCGGGUCACCUUGUGCAAUGGAACCUAUGAAGGUUUGCUGAGAAGAAAUCAAAUGGGAAGAAACAGCAUGAAAUUGCCAACCUUAAAAGACAUACGAGAUUGCCUGUCUCUCCAGAAGUUUGACAAUCCUCCCUUCUUCCAGAACUCUACCUUCAGUUUCAGGAAUGCUUUGGAAGGGUUUGAUAAAGCAGAUGGGACUCUGGAUUCUCAAGUGAUGAGCCUUCAUAAUUUGGUUCAUUCCUUCCUGAACGGGACAAACGCUUUGCCACAUUCAGCCGCCAAUGAUCCCAUUUAUGUGGUAAUUUCUAAUCGUUUGCUUUACAAUGCUACAACAAACAUCCUUGAACAUGUAAGAAAAGAGAAAGCGACCAAGGAACUCCCUUCCCUGCACGUGCUGGUUCUUCAUUCCUUUACUGACGCCAUCUUUGAUGAGUGGAUGAAAAGAUUUAAUCCUCCUGCAGAUGCCUGGCCUCAGGAGCUGGCCCCUAUUGGUCACAAUCGGAUGUACAACAUGGUUCCUUUCUUCCCUCCAGUGACUAAUGAAGAACUCUUUUUAACCUCAGACCAACUUGGCUACAGCUAUGCCAUCGAUCUGCCAGUUUCAGUUGAAGAAACUCCAGGUUGGCCCACAACCCUCUUAGUAGUCAUGGGAAUGCUGGUGGCUUUGGUUGGUCUUUUUGUGCUGUUGGCUUUUCUUCAAUAUAGAAGACUUCGAAAAGGAUAUACACCCCUAAUGGAGACACAUUUAAGCAGCAAGAGAUACACAGAAGAAGCCUAGGGUGCUCAUGCCUUACCUAAGAGAAGAGGCUGGCCAAGCCACAGUUCUGACGCUGACAAUAAAGGAACUAAUCCUCACUGUUCCUUCUUGAGUUGAAGAUCUUUGACAUAGGUUCUUCUAUAGUGAUGAUGAUCUCAUUCAGAAGAUGCUUAGCUGUAGUUUCCGCUUUGCUUGCUUGUUUAACAAACCCAAAGUAAAGUGCUUGAGGCUACCUCUACCUUCAAAUAAA